CGGAGACUGCCGGGGCGGCGGCGAAACGCCGGAGGGGAAGCGGCGGGGCCGCACGUGGGUUUUUCGUGCAUCUCUGUAAUGCCCGAACCUAGUCCCAGGCGCAUGGAGCCCACGCGAGACUAUCCGCUGUUUGGGGGGGCCUUCUCCGCCACUCUCCCCCCCGGGGCCAUCGACGUGAGCGAUCUCCGGCCCGUCCCGAACAACCAGGAAGUCUUCUGCCACCGCGUGACGGACCAGAGCCUGAUCGUGGAACUUCUGGAGCAGCAGGCCCACGUGCAGGGAGAGGAGGCUGCGCGAUACCACUUUGAGGACGUUUGCGGGGCGCAGGAGGCUAGGGCUGUGCAAGUGGAAACUGUGCAGCCCCUCUUUUUGGAGAACCUGGCCCUGAGGGGCUGCUGUCAAGAAGCCUGGGUCCUCUCUGGCAAGCAGCAGGUGGCUAAGGAAAACCAGCAGGUAGCAAAGGACGUGACGGUGCACCAGGCCUUGCUGCGGCUGCCCCAGCACCAGACUGAUGUCCUGCUCACCUUCAGUCAGCCCCCCCCUGACAACAGGCCAUUUCUUAGCCCUGAAAAUCUGUCACUUCUGCCCUGGAGCCUGGGUGACUUUGAACAGCUGGUGACCAGUCUGACCCUUCACCAUCCCGGCAUCUUUGGUCCCCAGUAAAGAUCCUGAAGUACCGCGUGACGCUGCUGAAGCACGUGGGGGCCCUGUUCUGCAAGGGGAGCGAGGGUUUGGAGAUAUUCCCCUAAUUCCUUCCCUGUGCAUAAACAUAAGACACCUCCUGUCUGCAGAAAUAAACUUGCUUUAUACCCAA